GUCAAUGCACGUCAGGCGGAGAACAUGAUGCCUCUUUGCGAGGCAACUCGUGUGUGCUGGCUGGCUGGCUGAGAGAGAGGACCGCGAGCUGAUUCGGAAACAGUAGAGCACCAUUGUGGCUGCAGGAAGGUGACAUACAAGGUUUGCCCCCACGCCCCCCCAAAAAAGAGAGAGAGAAAAGAAGAAAAUGGACCUCCUCGUGUCGCCGCCGUUUUGAAAGAAUACGCCGACAAAUAACUAAAGUAUUUUUAUUUUUUUUAAUGGACACGCUUCGAAUGGCGGCGGCGGUGGAGGCAGAAGCCGGUGGUUAGUUUAGGCUUUUUUUGGUGUGCAAAAGCUGAAAGAAACCCGUGUGAGCACCCCACGCCACCAUCAUCACCCCCCAGCUCGUCCUCCGCCGCCGAGACAGUCCCGUCGUCUAGAACAGCAUGGUCAUGGCUGACAGCGUCCAGAAACCGCUGCUCCGGGGUCCGGUUCGUGUGGGCUUCUACGACAUCGAGCGCACUUUAGGAAAGGGCAACUUUGCCGUUGUCAAACUGGCCCGACAUCGUAUCGCCAAGACGGAGGUGGCUAUUAAAAUCAUUGACAAGACCCAGUUGGAUGCAGUCAAUCUUGAGAAGAUCUACAGAGAAGUGCAGAUCAUGAAAAUGCUGGAUCAUCCGCAUAUCAUCAAGCUCUAUCAGGUGAUGGAGACAAAGAACAUGCUUUACCUGGUCACAGAGUAUGCCAAGAAUGGGGAGAUCUUCGACUAUCUGGCUAAGCACGGCCGACUAAGUGAGAUAGAGGCCAGGAGGAAGUUCUGGCAGAUCUUGUCUGCGGUGGAAUACUGUCACAACCGCAAAAUUGUCCACCGGGAUUUGAAGGCAGAAAAUCUGCUGCUGGAUGGCCACAUGAAUAUUAAAAUUGCAGACUUUGGAUUUGGGAACUUCUUCGAGCCUGGCGAGCCUCUGGCCACGUGGUGUGGCAGCCCCCCCUACGCGGCCCCUGAGAUCUUCGAGGGCCAACAGUACGAGGGUCCCCAACUGGACAUCUGGAGUAUGGGUGUGGUGCUAUACGUGUUAGUCUGUGGCGCCCUGCCCUUCGACGGACCCACUUUACCUGUGCUCCGACAGCGAGUCCUGGAAGGAAGGUUCCGCAUCCCCUACUUCAUGACUGAAGACUGCGAGCAUCUGAUCCGCAGGAUGUUAGUCCUGGAUCCGUCAAAGCGUCUGUCCGUAGCGCAGAUCAAAGAGCACAAGUGGAUGGCGCUGGAUGUUCCGGUGCAGCGGCCCGUUCUGUACCAGCAGCCCGUCUCCGCCGAGGGCCAGACGGGCGUGGGCGAGUACAGCGAGCAGGUUGUGCGCUUGAUGCACAGCCUUGGCAUCGACCAGCACAAGACUGUCGAGUCUCUGCAGAACAAAAGCUACAACCACUUUGCUGCCAUCUACUACCUGCUGGUAGAGAGGCUCAAGGCCCACCGCUGCAGCUUCCCCGUGGAGCAGAGGCUGGAUGCACGUCAGCGGCGGCCCAGCACCAUCGCCGAGCAGACGGUCGCCAAGUCGACAAGCGGUGCAGCUCAGGUGGGCUUGCUCCCGCAGGGGGUCCGUCUGCUGCGAUCUCCCGCCGUUUCCCAAGCCGCCUCCGACGCGUUUACCUUCACCCAGCCCACGUGCGCCCUGGAGCAGAACUUCAUGGCUGAGGAUGUCAACACGCCCAAAGUAAACGGCUGCAUGCUGGACCCCCUGCCUCCCAUCACUGUACUCCGCAAGUCCUCCACCUCGUCUCCUAGCAACAUGAUGGAGAUGUCGAUUGAUGAGGGCAUCGAGACCGAAGAGCCCGACGCGGAGGAGGACGCGCCCCACAUGUCUUUGGCCUAUCUAGCCGCUCGUUUCGGCCAGAGGCGACACACCCUCUCUGAGGUCACCAACCAGCCGGGAAUGUCAAACCAGGGUAAACUGUUCACCCUGGGCCACAACCCUUCCACGGGCAGCAUGGACUCUGACAUGGGCUACGACAUGGGCUCCAUGCACAGCGACCUCAGCCUGCUCGAGGACCCCCCGUCGCUCAACGAAGUGGUGCUGGCCAACAGCACGGCCCCCCACGUGCCCCCCGCGUCCUUCCUGAGUACUCGGCCGGCCAACCCGGCGAUGGCUGCCUUGACCUCGCAGCACAGGGACACCCACAACCGUUCGCCCAUCAGCUUCAGAGAAGGACGGCGCGCCUCUGACACCUCACUCACACAAGGUCUGGUUGCCUUUCGACAGCAUCUCCAGAACCUGGCGAGGACCAAAGGAAUCUUGGAGCUGAACAAAGUCCAGAUGCUGGUGGAGCAGAUGGGCUCCAGUGAAAUGACAGCCAUGGCACCCCCGGCAGCCCAGUACCACUUGCACAACCUCCUCGAGACCGAGGCAACCAAGCAACAGGAAGGCCCGACUUUGUACCAAGGUGGGCCGCAGCCACCCCUCCUGUCCCGCAGGCAGAGUUUGGAGACGCAGUACCUCACCCAUCGUCUGCAGACGGGCGUUUUGGCAAACAGUCCUGCAAGCUGUCAGAUGUACUGUAAGGAGUCCCCCCGAAGUUUAGAACAACAGCUACAAGAACACCGACUGAACCAGAAGCGGAUGUACCUUCAGCAGUCGCAGGGUAUAGGCCUGCCCGUCUACUUCAAUCAGAUGCAGAUCGCCGAAGGCUCCUAUCCAGCGGCCGGUGCCCCUCUGGACCCGACAGCCUCCCAGAACUCCCCCCAGGUGUCCCCGAUGUCGGCCGGCGGCCCCCAGCCUCAAUCGCAGCCGCAAGCCUCGCCGCCUUACAGCCACCCCCACAGCCUGAGCCCCCUUCUGGAACCGGGGGAGGGCCCUCUUUAUGACCCCUACAUGAGCCACCACCACUACGCCCAGCACAUGCUCCCUGUCCCCCACCUUCAGCACCACCCCUUGCAACCUCUCCACCAUCAGCACUUCCCCCACCACCACCAAUCGCCUCAUGAAACCUCAGCCAGCAGCCUCGGUUUCUGCUACCCUAUAGAGCAGCAGGCCUGCUGCCCCUCGGCUGAAGCCCCGCCCCCAGGCCAGUAUGAGUUCCCACUAGACCUAGGGCUACUCCCCCCCAUCAUAGGAGAGGUGGAGGGGCCCGGGGCGGAGGCCUCAUGUGAGCCGGGCCAGCGCGAGGGUCUGGUUCUGGCCGAGCUGCAGAGCCCGCUCCUGGACAGUGAGAUGAUGGAGACGGUGGACUCCCAGCACGGCUUUGUGCUGGUCAACUGAAGACUCGGGUGCAACGGGCCGGUUCGAAGCAGUAUUAAGCACAGAGAUCCCGAAGAGCAGAGAGAUUUGGAGACACGGGCGUAGCAGCGGGGAAAGCGCAGAUUUUCGUACAACCAAGAAAAACUGAAUUUCUUACUUGGGAUGAACCUCGGAGAACCUUUCGUACCAAAAUCCCUCCCUUAGCUGACCUCCUUUCCCUCCCUCUCCUCCCCACCUGUCGAGCAGGACAGUGCGGCGGGAACUCGUGUUGAUGUCGCGUCGCUGUGGCGAGGCUGCUCCAGCGGCAGCCCUCGUGAGACGACGACAAUCACGUGCAGCGUUUCACACAGAAAUGGCUUGGAAGUGAGCGCUUUUUGGACUGGGUGGCAAGCAAAAGCACAAAAUGGCUGCCAGGACCGCAGGUUGUUUGAACACUAGUUUGAUAUCUAGCUUAAGGUCCACGUGCUUCGACGCUCAUUGUGCUCACCGGUAUGGCAAUUCUUAAGCUGCGUGAGCAUCUAUCAGUUAUUCUAGAGAUAAAGAACCGGUAAUGCGAGUUCAUUGUGCACCACGUUUGAAGAUAAUUGCUGAAAACAUGCAGAUUUGCACCAUUUCAAAUUUGCCUGAUAUUUUGGUGGCUAAAAGUUGAAAUUUUAGCACUUGCAUAAAGCUGCUAGAGAAUUUAUUUGCAGUGCUGUAGAUUCAUCACUCGACGAGUGAAAACAAAGAGCAUACGAACGAGCACAUGGACCUUAAACUGGACUUGCGGGAAGUGCUCAAAAGGCUCGCCAUAGGCAGCGUUGUUUUUCUGCUAAAAUAAGACACCUUGACAGCAACCGCAAGUCGUUGUUUUAGCGGAGAGAAGAGACGACGGCCCUCGUUUAUCACAAAGCACAAAUUCAAGUGUCACUUUGCACUCCGGUGGGUUGUACGGUAGCGGGUGGGCGGGCACAACGGUCGUAUUGACCACUCGCAACACUAACAAUAGAGGCACGCAGUAUUUUGACAGGAGCACUCACCAAGUGGAUGACUACACAACACAACAACACAUUUCCUCACUCUACAGUGUUUUUUUUUUUUUUUUUGGCAACUACUGAACUAACACUACUGAAAGGCUUCUCCACCUUCUAUCCUGAGGAGCGCUUGAUUUGUGGCUGGUGGUAAACGAGGGCUCCCGUAGUUGAAUGUUUGGUGACAACAGCUUAUUAUUCUACCUUUUUGUGGCAAUACUGAAGCAAUAUUAAUCUUCUGUGAUGAUGAUGAUGAUGCGCCUAAGCUGCGCGGCUCACUCUGAUCUGAUUCGUCACGCGGAACUGUUGACAUCAGCAGGAGUGUUUUUUUGUUUUGUUUCGUUUUGUUUUGCACAAGUCGGCGAGAAUGUCACGUGACUGAAAAGGACGAGAUUUUCCGUGAACGAAUGUAACGGAUGACGCCACGUGUGACCACUUUUGGGGCGAACGGCAAAAAUGGCGUCGAGACGAGAGACUUUUUUUUUUUUUUUGCAUUAUUUUAUUCUUUAGUUUUAGCAGCACUCAGACUGUGAUGAAUACAGUUGAAGUAUCUUUCCGACAAGUGACAUUUUGUGUGUGUGUGUGUGUGUGUGGUCAAAUCAAAUUGAAAAUUAAUUCUUUGGCGAAGUGAGGUGUCUAAUAAAGUACACCGACCGUAGCAACAAUGGCAGACUUGGAGGUCAAAUCCACCAUUCAGACCUUUCACGUACUUUUCUUAUCAAUAGCAAUAGACAUCACUUAUUCACCAAGGACUAUUGGAGUCAAGCUAAAAAGAGAAGAAGAAAAAAAUUGGAAUAUACAAGUCAAAUGGUCAUAUGAGGACUCUCUGAAAAUUGCGACGUUUCUUGUAAUGUUACAAUUUGCUCAUGCACCCAUUAAAAUGACAACAUUGAUGACUAUCCGAUAAAAUUACGACAAUUGUAAUGCUACAAUUUUGUUACAGUUUCAACUUGGUCACAUUCUCUCAAAAUGAUUGUCCUCGUAAGAUUACAAUUUAAAAAUUCGCUUCUAAAGGUCACAACUUCAUCUUACAACUAUUCUCGUAAAACGAGGACUUUUUCCUCUGAAAAUGGUGACUACUGUUAGAAUGUUACAUUUUUUCAUUCAAGCAUUACAAGUUGAACUCUUGUCAUCACAUUCCGCCUUUUUUCCUUGUCAGAUUACGAUUUGAUAUUCACUCGAUGAAUUAUGACUUCAUUGUAGUGACUUUUCCCCUUAGAUUUUGAUGUCAUUGUUUUGAAAUUACAUUUUUAGAUUGGCCCUAAUAUUCAUUGGUACUUACAGCAAUGAGGCCCUGUAUAUUUUUUCUUUUCACGUUUCAUGAAUUGCUUGACACCGUAACGCGGGUUUAUAUCGACUUACAGUCCCAUUUUUGUCACCUCACGUCGCCAUCGUGACAGUAAAAAUUAGUAACGGCAGCAAUAAUAACCCACAAUGCAUUGCAGCCAUAAGUGACAGAAAAAGGUGUGCAAAGAACUCAAAUAUUGUAUCCAUAUUUUCAGGUAGCUCAGGUUUACUGGACAGAAAUGUAUUACUACCGCUGUAGGACAUCAACUCAUAUUUGUUUGAAAAAGUGUACAAAUUAGCGUUAAAUACAGCGAGCUAGUAGUGUUUGUAUUCUGUGUGCCUUUUACUUUCCACAUUUCAAUUUAUCGAUUUAUUCAUGAUUAGCUUUUGUUUUUUGCCUCCCACUCAAAUGAGUACAAUCCCGUUUUUACAAAGGUACAAAAACCAAAGUCCCUCAAAGAUUUUGCCAGUAUGAGCCGCCAUCUUUGUGACUUUAAACAAUGUUUUUAUCUGAACUGUUGGCUCAGUGGCCACACGUGUCAAAAGUAUUCUAGCAAUAUAUUUGUGUAUAGGUGAAGACUGAAAUAAUCGGGAGAGUAGUAUUGGAUACAAUACAUUCAUUUCACACACACACACACACACGCCCCCCUGCCCACUCGACUCCCUGCGGAUGGAACACAACAACAUGAAAUAGACUUUUCUAUAUUUCCCCUCAUUGUUGUCGACCACACAUAAGCUAACUUGCUGUUGAGAUUAAAAAAGGGUUCUUGAACAGCUAAA